AUGUCUUUCCUCAAAGAACUCGAGGCAUUGUGUGAUACGGCGCCGGAAAUUCCCGAUACAGAAGCAUUUGAUGCAGCUGAAGAUUCUCUACCUAAAAAGUCGGCAAAUGAUGAGAGAAUUGAUGGUGAUCACGUAAAGUUGAGACGACGAAUUGGAGGAAUUGAGCUGUUAGACGAACGGUACAAAGGGGCCAAGGUUAACACAGCUGAUGUUUUUGAAGACGCUUAUGAGCCUCGACGACUUGCCGCUAUGAAUGGCAAAGAUGUGCUAACUGAAUCCGAUGAUGAGAGUAAUGCAACAAGCGGUCACGGCGAGAUUUCUGACGAAGAUGCUUCUGAAUUGGACGAGGAGGAAUCUUUUGAAGAUGAAGAAAUUGAGUCGGAGAACGCCAUUACUGAAGAUGAGGAAGAAUCAAUUUCUGGUCCAACUAUUCUUCAAAAUGGAACUUCAGAAAACAAGGAAAAAGCCGCCUUUGUUCAACGGCAGUUGAAGAUAUUUGAUCAAUUGCUCUACACAAAAAUUCGUUUGCAUGCGGCGAUGAGAUCCUAUAACGAACUACCUCGUGGAAAGCUUGCUCAAACUUUGGUCAAGGACGCAGAUGAGGCAACGAAAAAGCGUUAUGGUGCAGCAAAGCAAAAUGCACGCCGUUUGAUGAACCUUUUGAUCGAGGCAGAAACAGCUCUGUUGUCAGGAUGCAAACAGACAAAAUUGCUUUUAGACGGCACAUAUGCGGAAGGAAGCGACGAAGAAAUUGAAAGCUCCGAAGAUGAGGCAAGCGAUGACAAUGAUGACGAAAAGCUGUCGGAUGAAGGAGAUGACAACUUUUCUGAAAAUGAUGAGAGCGAUGAGGAUCAAAAGCCGAAAGCAAAUUCCGCAGCUAUAAACAAUAAGGGGAGAAGCUGGCAAGCGGCCGCCAGAACGCUCACAAAGAUCGAUAAUAGAUUCAACCCUUACAGACGAUCUACAAUCGAAAAGUGGGAUGAACGAACGCGACUUGUCUCUUCUGGGCCUGCAAGGCAAAAAGAUUUCAGCCAUAUGGAAGAUACUGCUAUGGGACAAAUUGAAAAGAUAAUGCGCGACAAAAAUCGUUUGCUGCGAAGAACGCGCAUCAAUCGAAGCAAUCUUGAGAGGAUUGGGAAAACGAAUGAGGCAAAAGAGGAUCUAGAAUUUUUUGACGACAACGAUUUCUACCAUGUGAUGUUAAAAGAGUUACUUGAUAAAAGAACCGAUCAAACUCUUGAUUCUGCAGCCAUGACGAGGCAAUGGUUAGAGCUGCAGAAAUACCGAGAGAAACGUUCGAAGAAAAAAGUUGACACUAAAGCUUCAAAGGGUCGAAAAAUUCGCUACAAAGCAAUUCCAAAACUUGUCAACUUCUUCCCUGCUGUGCCGGAAUCAGUGACAUGGAGUCACGAGAAAAGAAAUGACUUGUUCAACACCUUGUUUACU